CUGCGCGAUAAAUGUGCUUCUGAACGCGCUUGAUGCAAAUCGUGUUUGUCUGGCGAGCUCUAGGAACUGACCAGGAAUAGCCAUAGGGACAACUUCAUAUGAUGUACCCACGAGGAUUCAACUACAACAGGCCUCCGUACCCUGUUGCGCCACACGAAACACACAAUCCGCCACCGUUGUCGCACCCUCCGUGUGUGUAUGGUCCCCCUUCUCGUUUCUCCUAUAACGCAUAUCCAACAGUGUCUAGCUAUCAGCCCAGCAGUUCAGCCUCCUAUAGUCACAUCCCACCGCAGCUCACGCACUAUGCAGACCCAAGAUACAUGGAGAUGAGUCCCAGAGAGGAAGCCCCGGUGUUGCACCAUCUUCCACAGCAGCCAAGCACGUUGGAUCCUCGUCCGGAACACCCGCAUCAAGUCAUGGAGGGUUCCGCACAGUUAUUGCCGAGCUGUGAGCAAGGUAAUCAGUUCAUAUGAUGCUUUCAUCAAUGUUUUUUAAAGAUCACACCUUCUUAAGUGUUAUUAUUGCGAUUCAAGUAUUUAUCACGUUGAGUGGCACCUACUUCAGAUGUGUUUGUACGUUCAUUAACUUGCAAAUCGUAUCAUAACUGCGAGUACUUCGAUUCGGUCGUCGCUGAAAAACUGUAAACAGUUCGUAGCCGAAUUCUCCAUAUCUUUCUCAAUGUAUCCCUGGAUAACAAAAUGAUUCAAUCUCCUCUGUAGCUCAGCUCUUGACCACAAGCGUAAAUAUCAGCACUUAAAGGAAAUGUGCUAUGUACUUUUAGAUAAGAAUGAGUUGAUCCCUAUUUGGUGCUUGGUGAAGUUUAUAUUAAAACUUUGGUUGAACUAGAUAUGGUGUAGAAAUGAAUGUCUUGCUUUUCAGGGAAAAUCUAAGAAAUGCAAUCCUGUGCGAAAGUAUUUCAUUCCUUUAUUCAUGUAUCUAUAAAGAUUAUUAGAAAAUACUGCCAUAGGAGGAAUAUGCAACAAAGUUGAGCAAAUUUAUUUAAAGAAUGUCUUUAGGGUGGUAUCUUCUAAAUCUUCUCCCACCAUUUAGUGUCAAGUGCUUCUCCCUCGACUUACUUGUGUAAAAAUGAAACUGCUCACUAUCAGUGGUAUAUGCUAUCACUCAUUGAUCUUGGAAUCUGUCUUCAAACUGGUUGUUACUUAGUUUGUUUAAAGAAUCUUUGAAGAUAAGUGCUAAAGAACAUCAACAUAUGACCAAGCUAUGGGGCUGGAUCUUCAAGUCCCGUGUGCAUCUCGAUUGCCACGACUUUAUAAACUGAUAAAUUGAACUAAAGAUCAUUUAUGAUAAAAUGGAGAUUUUGGCUCCAUCGAUAUCUACUUCCAAGGUCUUUGGGAUAUUCCCUUUGACUAUUUUUUAAGCAAGACACUUGAGGUUUUUGUUAGUCAUUUCCCAAUAACAAGGAGAAGCGUUUUGAGAUAAGGAUGAAUUUUGGCAAAAUUAACAUUUUAAUUAGCCUUAGUCGUUAAGCUCUAAAACGACGUCAUUAAGGUAACAAAAAACACUUUGGUUGGGAGAAAAUGCACCGGAAUUUCUGAAGAGAUGAUAGAUUCACCAAACUUAGGAGCUAAUGUGGAGGUGCACUGUAUCUUGGGUUUUGAUCAGUUUCGGGGUAACUCAGCUCGUAAGAGCGUGGAUUUUUUUAUUUCGACUUUUUCGCCUACUCAUUGUCGCUGUUGCCAUUGGUUUUUACCGAAUUAUCCCUUAUUUCUACAUAAUUAACUAUCCUCUUUUAGCCCCCUGUUGUGAGUUUAAUUCAGUAAGAUUGAUCUUGUUCACAAAGGUGUCAUUUAGAAGAGGGUGGUGAUUAGAGCUCUAGUUGGAGAGUUGUUGAAGAUGAGAUUGUAAAGGAUUAAAGUGUACUAAAUAGAUAAGCAUUUGGUAAGUAGGUUUUGGGUCCUUUGGCAGGUUAGUGUAAUAACUCUUCUUCCUCUGAUUCUCGUGUCUUAACCGCAAUAACCCACACAAAGCUUGCGCUAAUAGCAAACAAGAUGAUUACAUAGUUGUGGUCUCCACAGCGGUGUUUGGAAUCCGAAACUACUGACAAGCUUUGCGGAUGAAAUCUUUGGCCGCGACCAACAAGUCGUAAAUCUGGACUAACAAGUUACAAAUAGAGAAAAACUUUGGUGUGCGUAUACAGUUGUACUCGUAGAAUUACGUUCCUCCAUUAUUAAAACCAUAUUUUGUUUCGAGUGCAGAUGAAGGAAAGAAGGUGCAUGAUUCCUUCGCUUCUGUUACGUCUUUAUUUACGACACAAAUUUGAGUAUUCUCGAUCGAUUAAAUCUCUGUCACUAAAGCCGCGAGUGAGGAGUAGUUAAACUUGUCCUACAAGUUUCAAGAAGACCUCGGUUUGUAUCGUGGAAAUAUGUUUUUUCAUUCAUCACUGACCGCUUUCGUUCUGCAAUUCUUACAAGGAGGUAGUAAGAGAGUUCUCUCUUCUCAGUUAUCCUCUUACUUCAACAAAAGUGUUUAUCAAUUCAUCAGAAAACAAUUUUUUAGAGAGAAUUGUUACUACAUUAAUGUUGAAUUCUCUUCACAAACCGAUUUGUGUUAAUCACAAUUUUAACUUGUUGCCUCUACUUUUCGAAAUCGUGAGAGAAACUAGACACAGCAAUUACUACAUUAGGCUAUUUUUCAACCAACACACCGUUUUUUGCUGACACAAACAGAAUUAAAUGAUAAAAGCAUUUUUGAUCUCGCACAAGUAAUUUUGUAAAUGUCGUCUCCACAGCCAAAGUUUGUGAACGUGACCACAGUGAUUCAUAAAACUAUAAUAAGCACAAUUUUCCUUCAGCAUCAUUUGCAAAACUCACAUAGCAAGAUAUUUUACUUGUUUCUAUGGUUCAUGAUGCCAACACUUCAAUGCAUGAUUCUGGCAGUGAGGAUAGCGGCAGCAAUUGGAGAUCCAAAACUGAGCCGCACACCUCAAAGAGGCUGAAGAACAGACGCUUUGUUCCAAAGGAAAAUUGAAAUAAAAGCAAUCUCCAACUACUAAGAAUUUGUUCCUAUAAGUCAGUUCAAUGCAUUAUGGAGGUUUAUUCUCGACGCUAAUUAAUCAGAUGGGGAUAAAUUCAUGAAAUUUUCCCAGGUUUUAGACCUGAUUCUCCGAAAUGGAAACAUAUCACUAAUACCAUUGCACGAGCUUACCGAAAGGGAGUGUUCCGCAAAAACUGCGCCAGAAGGUCAAAAAGUGCUAUAGCCUAUAGCGAUAGCCUCUUCGGUAAGAAAUAAAGACAACCUUAAUAUUUUCCUCCCUCUUACCGAGGGGCUUCAUUAAUCACCAUAGUGAAAAGCAGAAAUUCAUGGAGCUUCUGUUAAACCUUAGUGAGUCUGAACUUGCCCCCUUUCAAGAAAACACAUACUCAUUAUGGUAAACUGGUCACUUGUCGAAAUACUUGGUUUCUCGGUUCCAAUAAUUUUUGUAGGGAUCCAUUGCUUCUAUGGUGAGGCCGACGAAAUUACACCUAAAUGAGAAAGUGGGGUUUUUCUACGUAAUGCGCCUAACGACAUCUCAGGGCAGUAAGGAUAACAAGGCGUAGUUGCAUUCUUCAGGAAAGGUCACGAAUCGAGCGUACUUUGUACUUUAGUUACUCACUUCCUGAACCCUUCAGUUUUAAAUCAUUCCAUUUCCUUGCCUCGUUCUUCUACAAACACUAUUUUUGCUCAAAGAGGACUGCGACUCAAAGUGAGUUCCCGAACUGAAGAAAUUGUCGAGUAUUUAGCAUUCUACUAUUUUCAAACUUGACAGCGAGAGCAUAGUUGUUAAGAGCCCUUCGUCCAAUACAUUAGAAGAGCUACAAGUUUUCUGUUCUCUCCAGCAGUUUAUCAGCUCUUGUUUCAAGAGAAAAGCUUUGAUAUAACUGAGAAUGAAGAGGAUUUUAGUCUUGAUGAGGAUCAAAAAAAAAAAAGAAAGAAGAAGAGAGGUCGUGAAGGAUGCAUUGUGACUAAAUGGCUCGAAGUUUGGUACAAACUUAGAUCAGUCUUGCUCUAUUUAGAAUGCUUGUUACAGAGCUCACAACCUGACCAUAAAUUCAAAUUUUUUUCUUCUUUUACAAAGGCUCUCAUCAUUGAAGUUAUUCUAAUAGCUAGCUGGAAGAUCUCAGCCAAAUUCAUCUGAGCUUGUUUAGGAAGAUCUCCCUGUAGUCAGUAAGUUAUUCUUAAUGGAAGGAUUUAAAUUCUUCUGGCGUAUUCUCUUCGUCCGGGACGUAACAAUGUUAACUUAAUUGAAGAGUUAAUUUCAGAAGAUUACAUUCUAAAUUUCCUGUGCUGUCUUCUUUUCAACAGCAAAGGCCGGAAAAACCACCGGAAAGAAAAGGAAAGAAAGAACAGCUUUCACUAAACAUCAAAUACAAGAACUGGAAAAUGAAUUUCAGAGGAAUAAUUACUUAACCAGGCUCAGACGAUACGAGAUCGCGGUGAGUUUGGACUUGACAGAAAGACAAGUUAAGGUCUGGUUUCAAAAUCGUAGAAUGAAGUGGAAGAGGGUGAAAGGAAAACGGUUGGAAAAGAAAACUCCGGUAUCAAAAAGAUUGAGCACAAGUUCAGACGAAGAGAAACCGAUAAUGUAAAUUAAAAAAAGUUAUACACUUUUUUAACAUUUAGACUCCCAGAACCGGUUAUGAGACGUUUCAUAUGAAGGAAAAAACGUAGGUCUGUGUAAAGAAGGUAUAUAAGGAAAAGCCCAGAGUCUUCGCUCUGACACUACUUUUGAAGUCGAAUAUGAUCGGAAAUUAAAUUGUUCUGAUCUGCAAACGGAACAAUUAAGUCCGUAGCUUAGUGUCUCCCAUUGAAAAAUUGCUAUGGUUGUGUUCUUUCAUAAAGCGUUUAUUUUGGAACUUGAUAGGCUGAUAACCAAAAUUUGAAAAUUAUAACAGCAAGAGUUAUAUAAAUAUUCGCGUAAAGAAAAGCAGACAAGAAUAUGAGUCGCAAACUUUUUCAGUUUUCAUUUUUUCACUUUUCAUCGUAGCUUCAUUCGUUCUUUCGACGGUUUUGCAGAGUUCCACGAAAUCAUUCAUUGAGCUGGUC